ACACAUACAUACACACACACACACACACACACACACACACUGAACCACUUUCUGAUGAGAGAAGAGUGAGUUGAGACUGGGAAUCACUACCAAGAAGAUCCACUUUUCCCCGCUGGCUCUCUGCAAAGGUUUUUCCCAACAGGUGACUCUGUCAUGGGCGUGAAGAUGCUGCAGUGUUUCCCUUUCUACAGACGCUGUAAAGAGCGCUGCAAGAGCAGGCAGUGUCCCCCAGCCACAGUUCCCAUAGAGGAGAUGAAGCCCCGUCUUUCCUCGACGAUGUCCUGGGGCAGCGACAGUGACGGGGCGGGAAGCCUCAGUCGAGGCUCCCAGAUCUACUUUUCCACCAAGGCCCGGCUGUCGUUCAGACACCAGCUGGACAGCAACAUCAACGCGGUGGACGCCACCUACUGAGGAGAACGAGGGGGAGGCAGAGGAGAUAAACGGACUCACUCACACACCUCUGAGCCUGUGGUACAGACGUGGGAGCCUGAUAACCGAGCACAUGCAUCUAUCGUCACCUUCAGAUUUCAGCAGCAGCAGCAGCAGCUGUGAACAGGCCACGAUUCGCGUCUGACCCCUCCUCUGUCCCUGCUGCCGACACAGAACUCUCCAUGAUUAAUCAGACUGAAUAAAAGGAAAAAAAACACUGACAUAGACUGAAGUACUUUAAGAAAAUCCGAAUUUCUACAUGGAGCGGGAUCCACCGACGAAAGAGAAGACGAAAAAGACUGUCACCACCAACAAGUGCAUUAUUCUUUUGUUUCCUUUUGGGCGGGUGGGUGAAGAGUUUUAGUUUUUCUACCAUUUUUAAAAAUGUCUUUUCUGAAGACGACAUCAUGGCCCAGAGACGUGCUUCAAAAAGCAGGAUGAGGCAGUUGACGGUCAAAGUAUGUCGAUGAAUAUCUCCAUCAUCCUGAGCUAAUUGUAUUUUAAAAUCAACCAAGGCUUUCUAAUCCUGCUCUGUGACACAAAAUCCUGCUUUUUAUCUUAUUUUAUUCUUUUAAUACAUUAACUCUAAUUCUAGAACAAAUGCACGAGGGGUCAUGUUGACGUUUUAUAUUUGCAGGUUUAUUCAACAGCUGCCCCUGGUUCCUCUUUGUAAAAGCAUUAAGUAAACUGAGCUGCACAGCAUCUACAUUUCAAUUAGGUAUUUUAAAUCAUACUUGCUCAUUUCUUUUGGUCUAUAUUUUCAUGAUUUAAAACACUCCUGGUUGUAUUUGAUAUUAAAAUGAUUUGACAUUAUUAACAAACCCUAAGUGCAGCUUAUUUUUUGACAUGUUUUAUCAUUUGACGCAAAACUAAUCGACAGCUUUUUCAAAUCCACAGUGUGUCAGAAGAGAAAAUCAUCUUUAUUCUUUACUAACAAAAUAAUAAUGUACAUAAAAAAUUUGUUUUUA